CUCCCGGAGGCUAUGGCAGCUGUUGCUGGGGGGGGGCUGGAUCCCGGCUCGCCGCUGACCCUCCAGGGGGCCGUGCUGGGGCUGCUGUUGAGCCACCCGGGGGGCAUCCCCCUGCGGGAUUUCGGGAGGCUCUUCCACCAGCACCAUGGCCGGCGCCUGGAUCUGCCCCGGCACAGCUACCGCUCGCUGCGCCACCUGCUGGGUGACAUGAAGGAGCUGGUGGUCCUGGACGAGGAGGGCAAGGAACCGUGGGUCCGGUGCCGGCGCCCAGUCUGCAACCUGCUGCCGGAGGCCAUGCCCCCCAAGAGACGCUGCCAUCAUCCCCAGGUCCACAAGGAGGCGCCACCCGAACGGCAGCUGGCAGAGGCUCCUAAAUCAGCUCCCAGGCCUUGGAACUCCUGCCACCACCUGGCUGCGCCCCCGGGCCACCCGCCGGCCGGAUCUGCCCCGGGCACCAAGCCACUGCCCCUGCUGACCUUUGCCAACCAGCCACUGGGCCUGGCCACGUCCUGGGGGGCUGCCCUGAAUAGCCCCGCGCCGGCCCCCAGCCGGCUGCCCCGCCCCACCCGCCCGGCCAGCCCCCGGCUGGACCCCCCUGGGGCCGAGCAGGCCGAGCUGGAGCAAAAUGUGGUGCGGGUCCUGCGGGGCCACCCCGGGGGCAUCUCCCUCUUCCGCUUCCGCCAGGCCUACGGCGCCGCCUAUGGCCACCCCUUCCCCCUGGACAGCGCGGCCUCGGUGAAGGAGCAGCUGGCGGCCAUGCCGGGGGCGGUCAGGGUGCAGGGCUGGGGGGUGCAGACGAUGCUCUUCCCGGUCUGCCCCCAGGAGCUCCCCAGCGAGGAGACUGGUCUCUCCCCGUCUCUGCCGGAGGCCGUCGUUGCUCUUGCCAGCCCCGAUGUGGCGCCAGCCGCCCCAGCUGUGGUCUGUCCGUCUCCUUCCAUCUCUGCCAGCUCCCCAGAGGCCCCCCUGGCUCCUGCAGGCCCAGAGCAGCCCCCUGUCCUUUGCAGCCCUCCCCCAGGGCACAGGAUGGCACCGGGGUCCCCAGCUGAGCUCCUCAUGCCCCCUGCUGCCUCGGCAGCCCCCUGGCCACCAGAGACGGGAUGGGAGCAUGAAUCCCUGGGGCCCAUCACUGAGCAGACGGACGUCAGGGAGGGCAUCGCAACAGCUACACCAGCUGCUGGCACUGUGCCAUCUGAACUGGGGGCCGAGCUCUCCCUGCCAUUGGCUCUGGCAUCGUCUGUAUCCCUGUCCCCUGCAGGUUCCCCCUGCGGUCCCACCCCACCGCUGAGCCUGGACCAUGUGGUUGCCACAGAUGCCGUCCUCUACGGCCUUAACUCUGCCCCCAGCUCUGCAAGCUGUCCCAGCCCAAAGCCAUCCUUUUCCCCAGCUUUGCCAGGACCCAUAUCUGGUGUCCAUCCGCUGAUGGCCGUGCUCUCCCCUGAGCCAGCCUGGUCCCCCAUCCACGAUAUCCCUGGCACCGCAGAUUCCCCCAGGGAGAGACCACCCUUCAGGCCCCUGCCUCUGGGUGAGCCCAGCUUGGCAUCCCCCUACAAACAUCGGGAGGACGGGGGGGCACCAUGGGCGGCCAUCAAGCCAGAGCCCCGUCUGCCCCGAAUCUCCCCGCCCCGCCCCCCACCUAUGGGGAGUAAGAGGAAGCCACCCAAGCGGAAAUCUGACAGCUGUGUCCUUCUGUGAGGUGGGCAUUGUGAGUUGAUGGUGUCUGUGUGAAAUUGGCAUGGGGGGGGGCGUGAAAUUGACAUGGGUGGGGACAGCACAAUGGGCUGGGUCAGGCUGGAUAGGAGGGGGAUUGUAGGACAAGCACCCACAUGUGUUAGAAACGCUUCUCUCCUGCUCGGGGAGAGGGAGCCGGAUUCUGCCCCGGCUCCCGCAU